GUUUUGUUUCGUUUACCGGGGCGGUAAACGGGUAAAGUGGAAACAUGGAGGACAGAAGAAGGUCUUUUUUAAGGUUAUCUCAUAAAAGUAUAAUAAAAAAUGACUCUCUGCGAAGAAAUUCAAUGGAUUUCUCCUAUAUUUCGAGAAAAAAUAAAGAAAAUAGUGAAUAUGAUUUUGAUACAUCGCUCACAAUGGCACCUCAUGAGUUGCGUGAUAUUAUGGCAAACUCCGAAAAAACUGAUAUCACUCUGAGGGAAAUGAUGGACGAUGGUUCUGCAACAGGUAUUAUCUUGAAAUCAAAGGAACCCUGGCGUGAUAUAAACUCCAAUUUGUACUAUGAAUUUAUGGAAAGUAUACAAUCACAUUUAUCCGAACCUGAAGUCUUUAAUACCAUAGCUGAUUUUAUUCAAAAUUGCACUGAUACUUUGGAAUUAAUGAGGGGUAUGCAGGCAAAAGUGGAGAGUAAAGAGCUGUCAAAUGAAGAAGUAAAUUUGGAAAAUGAACGAAAUACUUGGAGAUUGAUUUAUUGUUUGUAUCAGAAUCGUCAGAAUGCAAGUUUUCAAAAAUCCAUGGAUAUCGAUAUGAAUUCGAAUAUUUCGGAGAAAGAAUUGAUUAAUUCAUUAUACGAUAGUGAUAAACUUAUAAGAGAGUAUCAGCUAAUCAUCGACUGGCUGGAGAAAAAUGCCCUCGAUCAAGCAGAUAAAUUGCCUUCAAUCGAACAAUUCACGGACAAAACAGUCGCUUGGGAAAAUACAUUACAUCAACUUCAUAAUCGACAAUUUGGAAUAAUGUUUGCUUCAUCGAGACCCAUAGUGUCGUCUCUUGAUCCUGACGCUCCAGUGAGGGAGGGAAAGCCUCUUCACGAUUUAGACAGAGAAGAUGACGAGAGACUCGAAAGAAGAAUGUUUAUUGAGAUUCGUUGCGGAAGACUGCAAAGGGCACAAGCUCUGGCCAUACACUGUGGUCAGCCUUGGAGAGCUGCUUGUUUAUUGGGUUGGACACCGUAUCAUGACCCAAACUACACAAAUCCUCUAAAUGACACAAAGUUGCCCGUGGAGGGAAAUCCGAACAGAGGUCUUUGGAAGCGUUGUGCUUGGGAACUUUCUGAAGAUAAGCGAGUUGGGCGAUUUUAUCGAGCUUUGUAUGCAAGUCUUUGCGGGAAUGUGCAGCAAUUACUGCCGAUGGCAAUAUCGUGGCAGGAUGCAUUGUGGUCACACAUGAAGGGCCUGCUAGACAUCAAGGUAGAACGCGAAGUAACAGGCACAAUGCCCAAAAGUUAUACAACAAUGCCAGACGAUUAUUGGAAAGGUGAAGUAAGUCUCGAAGAUAUUUUCACCGAACUUCGCGCCUCGAAAGAUCAAAAAGUACGCACCGAAGCAUCAAAACCCGAUCAUCUCAUUCAAAAGUACCUUAUUCUCGAUCAAAUCCCCCAAUUAAUGGAAGAAAUCGAAACAAUGAUACACCUUGGUGUGUGCGACUCGCAGUUACUUCGAUUCCUGGCCCAUUUAGUAUUAUUCCUACGACGAAUUGGAAAAUGUUCGAAUGAUAAAAUAGCAAAUAAAGUCCUACUAGCGUACGUGCGAGUUCUUAUUGACAUUGGCGAUCCAAUUCUCGUGGCUUAUUAUGCCGCAACAUUGCCACAAGAAGAUCAAGUGACAAAUUACGCACAUUUCCUGGAAGACGUGAAGCAGUACGAGCAGAGGAAAAAGUGUCUCGUCGCCGCUGAAGAGGCAAAUUUGAACGUUGAGGCAAUCACAAAAUUAGUCGUUGAAAAUAUUCGUGUAAAAAAUGUCGAAUUAGAAUCUCUCGAUUUAAAGGGCGAAAUCACCGCUGCCGAUUUAGAAAAAAUUGAUGCACUCGACUGGGUGCUUUUCUAUCCAAAUCAGAGAGAAGAAGCUUUAUGGCAGAGCAAUGCACUGAUGCGAUGUUUUCUUUCCAGUGAAAAAAUUGACGCCGCAAGAAAAACUUUUAACAAGAUUCCAAACGAUACAAUCGAGGUUUUAAUGUCAGGCUAUCCAAACUUGGGUGAUACGAUUGCAAACCUAACAAUGACUAAUUCUCUUCCGAAAAAACCAUCCUCCUCAAUACGUGAAUACAUGUGUUAUAAAGCAUAUCUCGACGCUCAAGAAGGCUUUUCGGAAUGGUUUUCUCACUAUCACCAUGGAAAACCAAUUCCGUUAGAGGACUUGCCAACCUAUGCUACUUUCACGGAAAAAGUGGCGCACGAUCACAAAAAAGCUCAGUACAACUCUGAAUUGGAACGCUGGAAGAGCACAAUGGCUCAUCAAACCAAAGAAGUGAAACAAUUACUCUUCAAUGUCCUUCUGUUUCCUGAUGGCGGUUGGUUAGUCGAUGCUCACAAUAAUGAGAACGAUCCUCUAAGUCCAGAGGAAAUUUUACGAGAACAUCAAAUGGAGAAAUUAAGAAAAUUGUGCAUUCCAAAAAUUGCUCUUUUACUACACACUGUUAUGUCUGAAAUGAAUGAACACUUUGAGUGUGUUCAAUUGGCAGACGUUCUUGCUUCCGAACAAUAUCAUCUGUAUAACGUUUUUCCAAGAGAGAAACUCAGAGAAAUCUUCAAAAAGAUUUGCGAAUCAUCGGUUGCACUGAUGGACCAAAAGAAAGACGCCUGGGGAUAUUCAAAAUAGUAUUUUGGACUUGAAAUUUUCUUCAUUAUGUAAGUAAGACUAUAAACAAAAUGUACAAUAUCCAAUGUAAAGUCUGAACAAUUUUUUUUUUUAUAAAACCAGUUUAUUGUCAACCACAAGAAGUGAAUAUAAAAUUUGAUACAAUGUUUAAUAAUGAAUAAUCAUAAUCAUAAUACCUUACAAUACCUCAUAAUUGUUGAAAGGAUUUCACUUUUAUGAAUCGCUGUUUUGCAGAGUGCGGACUAAAAAAAAAGAUAUUAGUCAAGUUUGAAAGUAUGAAAAGAUUAUUCUGUAUAGGACUAGCUUUGUGCAUUAAGUUUUCUUUGACUAAUUUAUUAUAUAUUUUUUCAUUAAACUGAAAUUUUGUAAAGGAAUUUUCCAUUCCUAUUUUAUACACUUAAAUAAAUUUUCUAUCAAUUCAAGAUUCUUUUUUACAUUUUACGUCUAUGAUUAAAUAAAGUGAAUUUUUAUUUCAUAUAAAUACCGAUAUUUUUUAUAUUACAUACACUGAAAAUGUGUACUUCAUUUUUGUAAUGGUCAAUUUAACAGAAAAAGAAAUAAUCUUUUUGUAAAUAUGAAACAAACAUGUUUUUUUAAUUACUGUAUAAUCAACGUAUUUUUUUUAACAAUAAUUGUAAUUCGAAAUAAAGCAAUGCGUAUCUUG